CAACUUCUUUUAUGUCGUGUGGUCCUUGGUAAGCCAUUUUACCAGUUUUCAGCCGUCAAGAUGGCGCACGCACCUCCCGGUCAUCAUUCAGUUAUAGGACGUCCCAGCUCAGAAGGGCUGUCGUUUGCCGAAUACGUGGUGUAUAGAGGGGAACAGGUAUGUCUUGCUUUUUAGUCAAGAGCUGUGUUUUCUUUUCUCGUUGCACUUGUGGCUGUCGUUUAAGAGAAUGCUAGGAGCGUCGUUGUUUGCAAUCAUCCUGGCUCAGAUAAGAACUAGAUGGAUUUGAAGAGAAAAGGCGGACUGCAAGCAGUCUACAAUCGAUUAUAUUGGGUGCGACUUUGGCAUACAUUUUUGGGCCAGAAUGACAAAAGCUAAAUUUGCAUGCAACAGAAUCUUCAUACCGUCCAACCUCUGCACCAUGAGGCUUGCUAAUUUGUGGACGUAUCAAAGCCGUCUUUCGUGAGAAAUUCGUAGUUACCUUUAUUUUUGAGGUUUUCAGUGUUGUCCGCGGGGAACAGGCGCUCCUCUGACAUAAAGAAGCUUAAGCACAGACAUUUUGAGGGACACACAUCAACCGGAAGUGAGAUCCGAGUCCCUCUUAAUAUGCCUUGACGCUACCAAAUUUCUAUGUGUUCACUCUUAUAGAGACGAUCUGCCUUAAAAUUUGGGCAAAACCGCUGUCCAAGGGCGCAAAAAAAGCCACCUCGGUUUACGUGCGUCGCCCAGAAACGUCUUCACUUAAGCUUGUUGAUAUGAGCUAUUGAAAAAAAUGCAAAUACAGGAUUUGGUUAUAAUAAUAUAAUGCAAGUGUCUUUUUUUUUAAUCGAUGUGCUAUUUGCUUAAUUAUCUGACACACUACCUACUUGUUUCCUUUGUUGUUGUUUACAGGCGUAUCCAGAAUACCUUAUCACGUACAAGAUUGUUAAACCCUCCAACGCUGAUGCAUCUCCAUAA